AUGGCUAAUGCAGUUCCACAAAUUCUUUCAAGUAUGCCAGAACAAUAUUCAGAAGAUAUUGCUCAAAAGCUAAAAAUUAGAGCGGAUAUUGUUCCUCAGAAACUGUCAAAUCUAAAUGAGCUCUAUAUCACUCCUACUGAAGGCUUAAUUUAUUCUAUGAUUCUUAUUGAUCCUAAUGCAUUUCAAGACAUCCCAACCUCUUCAGUUUUUGUUGAUAAACUGGCUGCAGAAGAAUCUGUAAGUGUCAUGCCAGCAGAAGUAUAUUUAAGUACAAACGGAUUUCGUAUAGUCCUUUGCAACUCAAUAAUGUGAUAG